AUGGAUGAUAGCUCCGUAUCUCAUCAUAACGGAGGGCAAGUGGGAUCUCAGAUAGGAGUUAGUGUAAAUAACAAACAAAAUGAAGAAUCUAGUCAAAGUGUCCAGUAUUCAAUACCGGGCGUUUUGCAUUUUAUUCAACAUGAAUGGGCGAGAUUCGAACUCGAGAGAUCACAAUGGGAGGUGGACAGAGCAGAGUUUGAGGCAAAGAUCGCCUUCCUCCAAGGAGAGAGGAAGGGUCAAGAGAAUCUAAAAAAUGAUCUUGUGAGGCGAAUCAAAAUGCUUGAAUAUGCUUUAAAACAAGAAAGAGCAAAAUUUCAUAAGCUUAAAUAUGGUGUAGAACUACAGCAGGGUGAUAUGCGACCCCCACCAGAAGAACCCCCACAGGAACCAGAACCAGCUGAAAGGGCUCAAUGGAAGCAAGGCCGCCAACUUAUAAAACAAUACCUGCAGGAAAUAGGAUACACAGAUACUAUUCUCGAUGUGCGUUCAAAUAAAGUAAGAACUUUACUGGGAUUAAACAAUGAAGAACAAGGGGAAGAAACAAAUUAUAGAAACUGUGAAAAACAACAGCACUAUUCAAUGAAUACUGCAUUAAGUCGCAAGAUGUAUGAUUACGGAGGAAAAGAUCAACGCAAAGGUGGUGUACCGCAGGGGAGCGGUUACAGCGAUGACGGUCUCUCAGUUCAAGAGACAGCAGCCGUCUUCGCUAAUUUCGAAUUUCUGGGCAAUCAAGAAGUGGAUAUGGAUGAAAUAGAUGAUUUAGAUGCGAAGCAAAUGCAUCAUACCACUGGCAAACAAGGCGAGGAAGUCGACCACGAAGCUGAAGAGGUGUUAAACGAGCUGAAUCUGUUAACCGCGAGUGAGGCUGACGGCGGUGGACAAGGGGACGAGUAUCCUGUCGGCGUGAAGUUUCCAGGCGGUAGCGGCGCGGGCGGCGGUGAGGCUGACGAGAAGCCCCUCGCUCUGGGCGAGCUGGCGCAGCUUACGGUCAGCAACGAGUCAGAGGGGUACGACGUGGCGACCGCCAGCAAGGAGUCCUUCAGGAAGACAUGGAACGCGAAGUACACACUGCGCUCGCACUUUGAUGGAGUGCGUGCCCUCGCGUUCCAUCCAACCGAGGCGGCGUUGGUGACCGCCUCCGAGGACCACACGCUGAAGCUGUGGAACCUGCAGCGCACAGUGCCCGCCAAGAAGUCGGCGGGGCUGGACGUGGAGCCGCUGUACACGUUCCGCGCGCACACCGCGGCCGUGCUCUGCCUCGCGAUGGGCGCGCCGCGCUCCGAGGAGUGCUUCUCCGCCGGACUCGACGCGACCAUCCGCGUGUGGAACCUCCCCCCGCCCACCGCCGACCCCUAUGACCCGUACGACCCCGCCGUGCAGGGUCCAGUGCUGCGCGAGCACACGGACGCGGUGUGGUCGCUGGCGAGCGCGGCGGGCCGCCUGCUGUCGGCGUCGGCGGACGGCACGGCGCGGCUGUGGGCGCCGCGCGCGCCGCGCCCGCUGCUGGCCACGCUGCGCGACGACGCCACGCCCGCCGCGCCCGCCGCCGCCGACUUCGCGGACGCCGCCUCGCGCGCCGCGGUCGUCUACCGGGAUGGUACUCUGCUAUUGUACGAUUUGGAGACGGGACAGAGCGUGCUGCGCGUGUCGUGCGACAGCGCGGCGGCGCGCGUGCGGUCGCACCCCACGCUGCCGCUGCUGGUGACCGCGCACGAGGACCGGCACAUCCGCUUCUGGGACGCCGUGUCGGGCCGCUGCGCGCACGCCAUGGUGGCCCACCUGGACGCCGUCACCGGUCUCGCCCUCGACCCCAACGGCCUCUUCCUCCUCUCCGGCUCCCACGACUGCUCCGUGCGCCUCUGGAACCUCGACACCAAGACCUGCGUCCAGGAGAUCACCGCGCACCGCAAGAAGUUCGACGAGAGCAUCCUCGACGUAGCCUUCCACCCGCUCCGGCCGUACAUCGCCAGCGCCGGCGCGGACGGACUCGCCAAAGUCUUCGUC